GUCCAUAACGACCCCCUUCGCACCCUUGCUUCCCAAGACAAGACUAUCAACGGAGUGAAGAAUACAAACAGCCGGCAAAAUGAUCCGGCUCUCCUACUGGGUGAUACCCAUCCUUGCCGGCACCGUCUGGCUCGCGAUGCUGCUGGCCCUGCUGCUCUACUGGGUUGUGGACACGCACGAGACGCACUACGGGUCCAUGGACGCCACCCAGCGCAUCGCCUACAUCAGCGACGUCGGCGCGGCCGAGCUCAAGCCGCUCUUCAUCGCCGGCUGCGUCAUCACCACCGUGCUGCUCGACCUGUCGUUCGGCCUCGACCGCUGGCUGCGCCACAAGGGCCGCCUCGCCCCCAACACCACCACCGCCGAGAAGGUGCUGUCGGGCCUGACCAUCGCCUUCGCCGUCGUCGGCACCGUCGGCCUGAUCCUGCUGAGCAUCUUCGACACCGCCCGGUAUCCGCGCCUGCACGACAUCUUCUUGCUGCUCUUCAUCGCCGGAUAUGUCUUGUCCGCCAUAUUUAUCUGCUGGGAGUACCAGCGCCUGGGCAUGCGCCACCGCGAGCACCGCGUCCUCCGCAGAUCCUUCUACAUCAAGCUGGCCUUCGUCGUCGUCGAGAUCCUGCUCGCCAUCGCCUUCGUGGCCUGCACCUUCAAGGGCCGGUACAACCCGGGCGCCGUGCUCGAGUGGGUCAUCGCCUUCAUCUUCUCCGCCUACGUCUUCUCCUUCUACGUCGACCUGUACCCGGCCGCCGCCACCAAGCCGCAGCUGCAGGUGUCGGCCGGCGGGAAGAGCGGCGGGCUCAAGAUGCGGCUUGCGGGGCCCGGGAGGAUGGGUAGGCGCCGCGGCGGCAACGGCGGCGGCGGCGGGCAUAGGGCAUAUGGCGCUUCGCUCGAGAUGGAGGAGGGCGCAAGCGACGCGACGCUGAGCCCGGCGGACGGGGCGGGCUCGUUCGACGCGGCCCGUGUUCAUCACGGGCUUCAGCACGGCGUGAGGCCCGACUCGAGAGGUAUGGGUGCGGCCAGGAACUUCUAGGGCCCGUUUGCGUCCAUUUUGUUUUCACGAGUAGAUGAAACCGCAACGCUCAGCG